AAUGACUGACAAACUAGGCUAAUGUCCUAUGUACAAGAGUCUUAACAUGAAUAAAAAUAAAAGCUAACAAAAAUACACGGUGUCUGAAACAAAAUUCAACAUGAAGGGAGAAAAGUCUAAAAUUAAAUAGAGCUUUAAUCUGCAAGGACCACUAGAUCUUCAUGGAUUUUGGCGGGCAUGGACGCUCCAGCCCGCCUCUUCCCUAUUUUUUGUUCCAUCAAGAGCCAUGACAUCCUCCUAUGAGUGCUCUUGCUCCUGUGCAUCCCAGAAUUAAAGGACAACUUCCUUACCUCUUCAAAAGCGGAUUUGAAAGUAAAAUGCCCAUCAAGCUCCUCAUUCCAGAUUGUACAUCCAUUAGCAUCACAGGAGACAAGAGUAGAAGCCAAUUCAUGUGCAUCACAGAUUCUCCUCCAUAUAGGGGAAUCACUCACUUUAGGUCCAAGAUCACUCUAGGGACCAUUGGUGAACAUCAAAAGUGGAAGGAAGGUCCAAAAUCCCAAGACAAAAAUAAAGAUCCUGAAUUUUUGUGUUGUACCCGGUCGGGUACGACCUAUACCCGGUCGGGUACCUUGCUGAAAAAUCAAAUCGGAUCAAAUCCGGGAACAAGGCAUCAUGCGAGAAGAUUUUUAACCACAUUGGGGUGUCAUGCCCGAUCGGGUGACCGACAGACCCGGUCGGGUAUGUCCCAAUUUUCUGGCUUCCGGGAAGCUCUCUAAGUACCCAAUCGAGUGCCUUAAAAGCCUAAUCGGGUACACAACAUUACAGCUCCCAAAAGCCUAUAAAAUACACCCCAUUUUCUUCGCAUAAAAUAACCAAUUCACAUAUACUUUUUAGCUCAGUUUAGAU